AAUUGGUAAUCGAACGCACUUGCCCCUUCUGUUGUCUGCCACACUGAGGCUUGUGGGUCCUGUAGCAGAUCAGCUGGUGAGGCAACACCGCACACGACACAGAAGUAGGCCAAAUGGCAUCCAAACUCACUAAACCUGGGCUCCUGAAGAAUGUAGUGCAGCGGAGCUAUGGGGCACAGGCAGCUACCCAGCAAACCAGCUACACCCUGCCACAACACCAGCCCCAGGUGACUUCCCUGCCCUCUGGAGUGGUUGUUGCAUCACAGGAGAACAACAGCCCUGUGUCCAGGGUAGCUGUGCUCUUCAAGGCUGGCUCACGCUAUGAAGGCCCAAACCAUCUGGGAGCUUCUCACAUGCUGCGGACAUGUGUAGGUUUGGGCACCAACAACACCACUGCUUUCUCCAUCACUCGCUCACUGCAGCAGCUCGGAGGUUCCCUGGAGGCUGAAGGAGGCAGGGAACACAUCCUCUAUGGCCUGGAGGUGAUCCGAGAUAACUUGGAUGGUGGCUUGGAGCUGCUUGGUGAAGUGUCCACCCAACCUUCCUUCAAAACUUGGGAGAUGAAAGACAACCUGAGGCGUGUCAAGACUGAACUGGCUCUGAGAGAACCUUCCACCCUGGCACUUGAGAUGCUACACAAGGCUGCCUUCCGCAACACUGGCCUGGCAAACUCCAUCUUUGUGUCUGAUUUCAGAUUGGGCAAGCUUUCAUCAGAUAUGCUGAAGGACUAUGUGGCUCAGACUCACCAGGCCGGCCGCAUGGUGGUGGUCGGCCUUGGGGUGGAUCAUAGUGCCCUCGUCAAUUAUGCUAAGGGCCUCAGUGUUGGUGCUGGAGAUGGGCCAGCCGGAGCCUCUGUCUAUGGCGGUGGAGAACUUCGCCAUGAAUCUGAUGCACCAAUCUCUGUUAUUGCUGUUGCUGGUUCAGGAGCCAGUUUGGGUAGCAGUGAUGCAGCUGCUCUUGCUGUGGCCCAGCACAUCCUUGGUGUGGGUCCAAGUGUCAAGUAUGGCAGCAAUGCCAGCAGUGCUCUAGCCAAGGCAGUCGCUGGCUCAGGGGGUAGUGGUAUGGCUUCUGCUGUCAACAUCAGCUACAGUGAUGCGGGCCUCUUUGGUUAUUUUGUGGUGGCUGAAUCAGCAACAGCUGACAAGGUGGUGCGAGCAGCUCAUUCUGCUGUUAAGGGUCUCAAAGUGACAGAAGCAGAAACUGCCAAGGGAAAGACUUGUGUCAAGGCUGCCAUCCAUAUGGCUUCAGAAUCCAGUGGAGAGUGUUUGGCUGACAUGGGACUCCAGGCUUUGCUGUUGGGCAAGUACAAUGAUCCAGUUGCUGCUGCUGCUGCUAUCGACGCUGUGACACCUUCAGCUGUAGAUGCUGCCCUAAGGAAAGUCUUCAGUGGAAAGUUGAGCAUGAGUGUCUUGGGGAAUGCCAACAUUGGUUAUUUGGACCAGUUGUAGGACCCUUGAAGCACUUGUUCUUGUUUUGGUAUAUGGAAUCUUCUAAAGAAAUUUGAAAUUUUUGAAAAUAUGUACACAUGUUACCUUCAUUUGAUGUUUUAAUUCACUGGAAAUUAAGCAUCAUAUUAAGUUCAGGUUAUACCUAAAAAUUAAUGAGUAUAAAAUGUACAUGUGACAUCCUCCUCGUUAGAAAACGGUUUUGUGUAUAUAAUCUUCUGGCAGUGUUCAGAAGCUGUAGAUAUUUAUGAUGAAUGACAGUGUAUGUACCAAUAACUCUGGAGUUAAAGUAAUAUAAGAA